GCCUUGCACUGUGCCGCCGAGGCCAUGCGCGCCCAGCUCCGCCUCGACAACUGCUACCAGCUCCUCUGCCUGGCCAAGAAGCAGCGACUGGCGGAGCUGCGGGAGGCCGCCUACCGCUUCAUGAGCGACCACUACCUGGAGGUGCUGCGGGAGCCCAGCGUCUACGGCCGCCUCAGUGGCACCGAGCGGGACCUCAUCCUGCAGCGGCGCAUGGAGGCAGGCCGGCCCUGCUUGCUGGUGGCUGAGGUCAGCGAUGCCUUUGAGCGGCCGGGUGGCGGCAGCCGGCCACAGAGCCGGGAGAGCAGCCGGCCGCAGAGCCCCUCCUCCGUGGUGUCGCUGGAGGAGAGCGGCUCCCUCGUCCACUGCUACCAGGAGGGCAGCGGUGAGUGGAGGGUGCUGACGCGCCUGCCCGAGGAGGCCAAUGCCAAGGGCUGUGCCAUGUGCGUCCUCCACAACUACCUCUUCCUAGCAGGGGGUAUCGUGGCGGGGCCGGCGGGCAGCGAGCCCCGAGCCCGCCUUUCUGACAAGGUCUUCUGCUACAAUCCCCUCACUGACACCUGGAGCCAGGUGCGGCCGCUGGCUCAGCCCCGCUCACAGCUCAAGCUGCUGGCCCUGGACGGUUACCUCUACGCUGUGGGGGGUGAGUGCCUCUUCACUGUGGAGAGGUAUGACCCGCGGGCCGACCGCUGGAGCCCCGUGGCACCCCUGCCCAAGGGUGCCUUCGCUGUGGCUCAUGAGGCCACCACCUGCAACGGGGAGAUCUAUGUGUCGGGAGGCUCCCUCUUCUACCGCCUGCUCAAGUACGACCCCAAGCGUGACGAGUGGCAGGAGUGCCCUUACAACAGCAGCCGCCGGCGCUCUGCUGACAUGGUGGCCUUCAAGAGCUUCAUCUACCGCUUCGACGUGAGCAGCGGCCGCGGUGGGGAGCAGGGCCCAGGUGGCGGGACUGGUGGUGGAGUUGAAGUUUUCCGGUACAACACAGUGGCCAAGCGCUGGAGCCAGUGCGCCAGCCUGCGGCCCAGUGGUGGCCCCAUCCAGCCCUUCCGUUGCGCUCCCUUGGGCAACACCAUCUACUGUGUCAACCGGACCGGCACCCUCCGCUUCAGCCUAGCCCAGGACGGGGAGGUGGAAGCAGAUGGCGGGCUCAAGGGCACCUUUGAUGGAGAGCUUCUUAAAGCUCCCUUGGAUGCCAAGGGUGUCCUCCUACCCUUUGUGCUCACCCUCCCCGAGAGGCUGGACAAAGCAGGGGACCAGGAGGGCUCCCUCCCUCUGUGAAGUGGCCAGCCUGUCUCUGGCUUCCUGAGUGGGGAGCUGGGUUGCAGAUGUGGGGGACCCACAAACUCCCCCCUACAGAGAGGACCCCCUCUAGCAUGUCUGCAGAGAGAAGGGGUUUCCCCUUUCCUCCUCUGCUCCCAGGAUGUUGAGCUGGUGUCACUUGAUUGUAACUUGGUUGUCACUCCUCUUGUGUUUGCUGUGCUUUGUGUGAAAAGCCAAGCACAUGAAAGGAAAAGCUGCUAUAAAGGAUAAUCUCUGGAUUAUGUUUGUGCCAAUUCCCAAUCUGAGAAAAACUUUUUUACACCUGCAUUUAUAAAAAAAUUCCUGACAACAGUGUCAUAAUGGAUGUUACUGUUAGUGUUGGUUGUGUGUUUACACGUAGUUGCAAUCUGGGCUAGAGCCUUUUCUGCCAUUUGUUUUCUUUCUCUCCGGGAUGAUACGCAGAGAUAAACACUGCUGGCAACAUAGCUGCAUUUGUUUUUAAGUUAAACCAACUACUUCCUGUGUUAGAAAAUUAUAGAAGGAACAUGUCCAUCACAGCCUUUCAUUUCUGGUGCAAUAGAUGGUUUAAGGAAGACGUGGCACUGUGUGGUCCCAGGAAUUUCAACCACAAAUGAUUUAACAGAUACCAGACAAAGUUUAAGUAACACAAAUGUGUGCCACAUGUUUGUAUUUGGAAUACAAAAAAAAAAAAAAGGCAAGUUACCUUUUUAAAAUGUGGCAUAUUAUAGCAGAUAUGAAAUGUUAAUACAUUCUUUAUUUGAAAAAGGCAAUGAUUUCUGUAUAAAACAGACAUCAUUUUAUUACCUUUUUUAUCAGAGAUUUUAAGUUAUAACAAAAAUGAACUGAAGCUGUUCAGACUGCAACCGACUGACAUGACCAUGUAUGCCACUAGAGUUGGGGGAAAUAUUUUGUACUUCAGCUGCUCUUUAAUUAACUGCAGGUCAAGGAAGAUUAACUUAAACCAAAUGUAAAUUCUUUGAAACUGCAGACAGCUUAAAUGUUUCACUGUAUGUUCAGUAUCCUGUGGCAAGAAGCUUUUCCAACUUAGUGCAAGACCAUCAAAGAAGGACACGGAAAAUAGGAAUGUACUACACAUGUUGAUUAUAUUGUGCACUAGCGUGAUGUUAUUCCCCUAUCUUUUGAUUGAGAGACUGCUUUAUUUAUUUCGAUCUAAUGAUUGCUGUAAUCAGUAAGGCCUUGUUAAUUGCAGUACAUGCUGAUGGUGUACUCUGUCAUUGGGAUUCUGAACUGCCUGAGAGUGCUGUUUGUGGAGCAGCAUCAUAACAAGACAAAACCACACAAGGAUUCUUUCUGCCUAUGGAAAGUUAUCAUACUUUUUGUCAUGUUACUCAGAACUGGAAAAGUGUAAACCGUCUACGCAGACAGACUGUAUUGAAAAGGGCACAUGUGUUUUAUUUUAUACAUUUUAUAUAAAAAAUCAAUAGCCAAGGCAAAUGUUUUAGCUUUAUGGUAAAUCGCUGAGAAACCUUUUCUGAAAAAAGAGAACCAGUGGUUUUGCUAUUGAUAAUUCAGCCUGGAACUGUCAUGGACUGUGGAAGGGAAUUGUUUAUACUCAGAGCUCUAGCAUAGAUUCAUUUUAGAAAGACAUAGGGAUCUUACAUCAAAGAAAGCAGAUCUUUUUAUGUUUUAUUAAGAUGUUUCUGUUAAAUAGGACAUUAGCAUUCUUACACAUUAUUGCUAGUUCCAAAGGAAGGCAGCAGGCUCUGUCCUAAGACACCAUCUUCACAGAAUAGAAUAGUGAAGUUUAUAGAUACUUCUUUCCUUCACUUUCAUGGCUUUUUUUUUUCCUUUUCUCCAUCUGUCUUGCACAGGGUUUUCAUGCAGCUGAUCCGUUUAGCCAUCCUGUAGAAAACAGUGGACCAUUCCUAAAAGUUCUUAGCCAAGCAAGCCUAUUCCCUAGUGAACUAAUUAAAGCAUCAGCCAGGUAGGAACUGCAGGUCUGCAGAGUGUGACACUUAUUUUAGCUUCAGUACACGUAGGUGCAGUGAAAUUUAAUACCACAGCUGGCAUAUUCUUUAGCAAUUCACAAAGAAACUGAUUUUUUUUACCGAAUGAUGGACUUAACUCUCAGACAAGAAUCCUUGGAAAUGUUGACUCUAAGUUAAAUUACAGCAUUGUAGCUUGGGCAGGAGAGAAUAAUUAUGUGUUUGCCUCCAGCAUCAUUUUUAUGUUAACUGUAGAAAGUAUUUCAAGCUGUGUAGUGAAACACUUAGGUGCUUACUUAAACUAAAGACAUAAGUGCUAGGCCAGAUUUUGAGUUAGUAGAGUCACCAGGAACACACAAGGAAAUGUCUUGUUUAUCUUACAAUAUAAUAUGAUUUUGUAGUUCAAAAAAUUAUGUAGUAUAGUUCUUAUACUGCAGCAUAGUGAGUAAUCAAGCCAGCUUUUGCAUUCCUAUUAAUUAAGCAUUAAUUUAGCAUUUUCACUCCUACUAAUGCAUGAAAAUGCUUUUAAAUUAAUUUGGGGCAGUCUUCAUGAUUUGAGCUGUGAAAAGAUGCCACAAAAGUCAAAAGAUGACUUUCGGGAAAGGAUGAAACAUAUCCUUUCUUUCAGUAUUUGUUGCUGUACACCAUGAAGAAAUACAUUUGGAAAUAAUCUUUACAGUAAUAAGCAUUCUAUGAAUCUGCAGUGGUCUGUAUUUUUGCUAUUGUUAGGAAAGGUUGAAUCAAGUGCUUACCCACUUUCACUGUUUACACAGUGUAAAUGAGGGCUGAGUCUGGUGUUCAUUAGUAGCUGUCCAUCAAACCUAUUUCCUUUGUACACUCUUUGCAUAAUCACAGCCUGAUGAUUGACAACAGGGGCAUGUUUAUAGCCAGAUUUCCUACUCUGUGGCCUCUGUUUCCUCCCUGGUUAAGCCUGAGGCAGGUUUGCUGAGAGUUGUUUUUCCCCCUCAGUUAAAUCUUCAGCGUAUCCAAAAAAAACCCACUGAACUUGGUUACUAAAACUAGAAUUCAGGUAGACCAGGUAUUUGAAGACUAGAAUUGUCAUCCCAGAACUCUGAUUUGUUAAAUUGAGCAACCACUGUCCCUUUGACAUGCAGAGGUGCCGAGCCAUUCCUGUCCACCCAUUCAGAACUGCUCACCUCCGAGCAGUUACGCGCCUACCUAGCUACCGCCUCCACUCCUUUGAAACUAGAUGAUGCGAUACACAGAAGCCACUGAGGUAAUAUGGAACAGACUAAAGGGCUGGGCCACCCUCAAGUUGUGUUUGCAUAUGUUUUGCUUUUAAAACAGAGCUCUUUUAUCUAGUAGCCUGAAGGCUACUGUAUUUGCAUGGGAACAUGGAGAUAUGUGUUUGCUUUCUUAGCCUGCAAGGAUUCAAUCCGUAUCUUCCACCACAUGAUUGGCAAUGGAUUGAAGGACCUCUUGGAGCUAAUGCCUGAUCUCUAAAUAUUGAUGCAUUUUGUAUUAUACAUUAAUUGGCUAAAAAUCUCAGAAAUUGUCCAGGCAGGUGAAUUCAAACCCUCAUCAUCACUGAGUAAUUUGAAACUAACUGGUCCUCUUUGCUGUCUUUCUUCUCCAUAAAUCUCACAGUCCCCUUCUCCCACUUUUAAUAAGACAUGCAGGAGAUGAUUUUUCUGCUUCCUCCUCCCUAGAGUACUCCUGUUUUCAAGACCAUCUGCUAGAGGAUAUAGGUUUAGAUUCCCUUAAGCUGAGUAAGGACUGAAUUUAGGCCUCCCACCUAAUGUGUGUGUGUUCUCAAAUCUAGAUGACUGUUUAGAAGAAUAUUGGCACCACCUCCUAGGGCUCUUUUUCAGGGAUGAACCUAAUGCAGAUUCUCCAAAAGCAUACAGAGGUUCCUGCACACCAAGUUCUGGGUAGAUUCCAGGCUCCAGCUCCUGGAUGGGUAAUUCAGGACAGUUGGUACGUGUUGGUGCAAUUGGGCAAUCUUGCUUCUGUGGGAAGCUUUUCCAGACAGGUUCUGUAUUUUGGGUUGCCAGUCUGAGGUGAGGGACUCCAUGCAUUGUACUGGGAGGCCAAGGAGGUAGUUCGGAUUCUUCUCAGGGGUGACGCCUUGUUAAAGAGGCAUUGCAGUGCCUAACUUGGAAAUGCCCAAAGCCUUCAUUGUAUCUAAAACUAAAUCCCUGCUUCAGAAAAGAAACAAUCCUUCUUAGCGAAUGCUAAUAACAGAUGGAAUUGUAAUGUUUCCAUCUAUUAACUGGUUCUGUAAAAAGAAAAUUGCAGCAAAGGCAUGUGUACAAAUUCUGUUUACACUUGGAAAUUCAGUCAAAGGAAAAACUGGCAAAAGAAUAACCCUAUUUGAUUAAAACAGGCACUGUUAAGCAACGUGGAAAGGAUGUUAAUCAUACCCUGUUAAUGAAUAAAAUUAUGCAGUAACUGGUGUAAAUUCUCUCCACAAAA